AUGAACGAGAUAAUUUUCGGGGAUCCGGGCCCGGGCCGCGGGAUCCGUGAGAUUUUGGUCUCGGAAAGAAUUCAGAAAGAUGAGCAACAGGUCCAGGAAGGCUUCUGAUCCGGAAAACCCGGAAAAAUCCCAAGAAAAAGACCCGAAACCAUGAACGAGAGAUUUUUCGGGGAUCCGGGCCCGGGCCGCGGGAUCCGUGAGAUUUUGGUCUCGGAAAGAAUUCAGAAAGAUGAGCAACAGGUCCAGGAAGGCUUCUGAUCCGGAAAAACCCGGAAAAAAAUCCCAAGAAAAAAAGACCCGAAACCAUGAACGAGAGAUUUUUUUCGGGGAUCCGGGCCCGGGCCGCGGGAUCCGUGAGAUUUUGGUCUCGGAAAGAAUUCAGAAAGAUGAGCAACAGGUCCAGGAAGGCUUCUGAUCCGGAAAACCCGGAAAAAAAUCCCAAGAAAAAAAGACCCGAAACCAUGAACGAGAUUUUUUUCGGGGAUCCGGGCCCGGGCCGCGGGAUCCGUGAGAUUUUUGGUCUCGGAAAGAAUUCAGAAAGAUGAGCAACAGGUCCAGGAAGGCUUCUGAUCCGGAAAAACCCGGAAAAAAAUCCCAAGAAAAAGACCCGAAACCAUGAACGAGAUUUUUUUCGGGGAUCCGGGCCCGGGCCGCGGGAUCCGUGAGAUUUUGGUCUCGGAAAGAAUUCAGAAAGAUGAGCAACAGGUCCAGGAAGGCUUCUGAUCCGGAAAACCCGGAAAAAAAUCCCAAGAAAAAAAGACCCGAAACCAUGAACGAGAUUUUUUUCGGGGAUCCGGGCCCGGGCCGCGGGAUCCGUGAGAUUUUGGUCUCGGAAAGAAUUCAGAAAGAUGAGCAACAGGUCCAGGAAGGCUUCUGAUCCGGAAAACCCGGAAAAAUCCCAAGAAAAAGACCCGAAACCAUGAACGAGAGAUUUUUCGGGGAUCCGGGCCCGGGCCGCGGGAUCCGUGA